CCCUAAUUCUUAACCUAAACUCAAUCAAAAUCCCCAAAUCAUGUCUCUCUUAACAUUCACAACCCUUCUUCUUCUAUCCAUGGCUGUCAUAGCCUUUGCUCAGCCACUGCAUCCCGGUUAUUACGACGCAAUCUGCCCUCAGGCUUUGCCUGUGGUUCGCCGCGUCGUGGAGGAAGCCGUGCAGCAAGAAAAGCGCAUCGGAGCUUCCAUACUGCGCCUGCAUUUUCACGAUUGUUUCGUUGAUGGCUGCGAUGGUUCGAUCCUCUUAGAUUCGACGCCACAGUUUGUGAGCGAGAAGUUCGCAGUGCCUAACAACAACUCGGCUCGAGGGUUUGAUGUUAUCGAUAGAAUCAAGUAUGAGGUCGAUCAGGCUUGCGGAGGGCCAGUCGUGUCGUGUGCUGACAUUCUUACGCUUGCUGCUCGCGAUUCCGUCGUUGCGUUGGGAGGUCCGACUUGGGAAGUUCCACUUGGAAGGCGGGAUUCGACAUUCGCCAACAUAACAAAGGCCAACAACGACAUUCCAGCCCCGUUCAUGGAUGUCCCGGCGCUAGUCGCAUCUUUCAACAAACAAGGCCUCGACCUCAAAGACAUGGUCACGCUCUCUGGUGGCCACACACUCGGCUUUGCUCAGUGCCGCCUCUUUCGCUCUCGGAUCUACAACGACACCAACAUAGACAGCGAUUUCCGGAGCCAACUUCAGGCCAUUUGCCCGCCCACCGGGGCCGGCACUAAUCUCCAACCUCUCGACCCUACACCGGCAUUUUUCGACACAAAAUAUUACAACAACAUUGUGGUAGAAAAGGGGCUUUUGCACUCUGAUCAAGCCCUCUUCACCACUCAAGAAACAGCUCUUCUUGUCAACACUUUCAGCAAUAAUCUUGAUGCAUUUGCAAAAGAGUUUGCAAAGUCGAUGGUGAAAAUGGGGAAGAUAAAGCCAUUGACAGGGGAUGAAGGACAAAUUCGAUGCAACUGCAGGAAAGUUAAUAAUUGAUUAAUUGAGAUUUAUAUAUAUAUAUAUAUCAUUGUUCUAUCAUUCAAUUUAUACAUAAGGUGUAUGGUUUGUGUAGUUUCUGAAUUUUUGACAAUUUCCUCGUUUGUAUCCAUAAUAAAAAUCACAUUGAGUGUUUUAUGUAUUAUCAAAAGUUAAAUAGUAUGAAUUAAUUUUCUAUGUGUGUUAGAAGUUCAAAUGAACAGAAGAAGAUUGAUGAUUGGGGAUUAGGUUUUGACUGCUU